GUUUCUGAGCACAACAGAUCUCUCACUUCCUCGCUUCCUUCCCUCAAACGAGGAGCUCUCUGCGUGAGUUGGAGGCAAGUUCUCGGAGUCUCCUUGCGCUUCGUUAAUCGGUGUCUUUCAGCGCCGCAUAAGACCCUGGAUCCCCCUCUGGACGGACGUAACGCGUCACAUCGCUGUGGGAAGGCGAGGAACCUGAGCUGCACUCGGCGGCUCCGAAACAAUGGCGGAGUGCACACAGGACGUCAAGGAGGACUCCGCGGCGGCGGUCCGAGUCAGACCCGCGGACCUGGGUCCGACUCGAAGCUUGUCCAAGUCGGACUCUGACUUGUUUGCGUCGCCACUCGGAGAGGAGGACGGAGGUCUGGCCGGCCGCUGUGGGUCCGUGUCCGACUGCAGCUCGGGGCGGCCGUCCACGGAGCGCAUGUCUUCCUUCGCCUCCGAGUGGGAUGAGAUUGAGAAGAUCAUGAACUUGAUUGGAGCAGGCAUUGAAACGUCCAAAAAGAAACAACCCGGCUCGAGCUCAGAUGGGGCCUGUGGUAAAGCCCUGGACCAGCCGGUCGGCGAGUGGCUGGAGCACGUGGGGCUGCCGCAGUACGAGAGCAAGUUCCUGCUCAACGGCUUCGAUGACCUACGAUUCAUGGGAGGUAACGUGAUGGAGGACCGGGAUCUCAGAGACGUUGGGAUCACUGACCCGGGACACAGGAAGAAAAUCCUCCAUGCGGCACGCAGCUUGCCCAAGGUAAAAGCACUGGGCUGUGACGGCAGCACCUCUCUCGUCUCCUGGCUGGACGGCCUUGGUCUGCACGAGUAUCUGCCCAACUUUCUGUCAAGUGGCUACCGCACACUGGAGUGUGUGAAGAACCUGUGGGAGCUGGAGAUCGUCAACGUGAUUAAGAUCAGUGCCCUGGGCCACAGGAAGAGGAUCAUUGCCUCUCUGGCGGAGAGACCCUACGAAGAGGCUCCGUCAAAGUCCCGCCGUCUGUCCCCGAUCAUGUUCCACGACCUCCUGUCCCAGACCACGUCCCCCCUCAGUCAGAUGGACCCCUACACCAGUCGCUCCAUGGACAUGCUGCUGCCCUCGGCCGAGUCCGACCGGAGGCGGCGAGGAGCCGACCAAGACUGCAGCGCGUCUCUACGCUCGUACAGCGAGAGGCCGCGCUCGGUGGACCGACAGAGCGACCGACACAAAGACUCUCGUUUGAACCUGCGGCCGCCGAGCCAGUCGGCGACCUACGCCACGGUGUCCGCCUGGCACCACCAGCCCGAGAAGCUCAUCCUGGAAUCCUGCGGGUACGAGGCCACCUACCUAGGAUCCAUGGUCAUCAGGGAUCUACGAGGGAUCGAGUCCACGCAAGAGGCCUGCGCUAAAAUAAGGAAAUCAAAGGAUUCCAGAAAGGGUCCAGUCGUCAUCCUGUCCAUUACCUACAGAGGCGUAAAGUUCAUCGAUGCAGCCACAAAGACGAUCGUCGCGGAGCACGAGAUCAGGAACAUCUCUUGCGCCGCCCAAGACCCAGAUGACCUCUGCACCUUCGCCUACAUUACCAAGGAUCUGAACAGUGGCCACCACUUCUGUCACGUCUUCAGCACCGUGGAAGUGACACAGACUUACGAGAUCAUCCUCACGCUGGGACAGGCAUUUGAGGUGGCCUAUCAGAUGGCAAUGCAGGCCAGGGCCAGACACUACGUCCCGCCUACGUCUCUGAGCCCCGAGGUCAUCGAGACCAAAGCCAGCCGCCCCGUCUCUCAGUCGUGGAGCAGCAUGCGGAGAUCGACAGGUGCCCCUCCGCUUGAAUGCCGCUGCUGUCACUGUCACACGUGCACCACCCACCGUCCGUCCUUCCUCCCGCUGCACUCCGUUAGCCCCGGAGUCCAGAUGGACCCCCUGGAGAUGGACGCAGACAUGCAGUCUCUGGGCAGCACCACCUGGCUCUUGGACCAGCAGCGGGACCCCCACAGGCGGCCCGUCAGCACCAAGUACGAGACCACCAUAUUCUGAGGCCGGGCCCCUCAGCACCCCCUUGUACUCCUCUCCCCUCUGCAUCCGAUUCUUUAUUGAUCUCUUUCUCACACACACUUAUACAUGCGAGCCCCGUGCCUUCUCACUGUGAUGGUUUAGCAUCCCUCAGGGCGGCCGACUCCUGCACCCUCCUUUGCCCUCCUGCCCAGCGACCCACGCCGACCUCUUCACCCGCCAUGACAAACACUCCUGCGGCUCUCCCGUGCCUCCCCCCCCCCCCCCCCCGACUCACCUGUUGCUGCUGCAGCAUCUGGCGGAGCCCUGGAACGGAUGAUCGUGGACUGAUCUCAUUUUUACAGCGGCCCUGCUCUCUCAACCAAACUGCCUCUUCCUCCUCAUGCUCCUCCUCCUCGUCAACUUGCAUCCGCCUCCGAAUCCCCGGAUAUCUACCAGAGGUUGCAUCUUUAUUAUUAUUUUUCUGUCAGGCCAUUUUUUUUAAAUUAUUGAUUCUCUGCAGGCAAAACAAGCAUUUAUUUUACUUUUUAAUUUUUACGUGUUUCUAAAUUCCAAAUUAGCAUUAACUUUUUUUCAAAAUGUUAUAAUAUUAAUAUUGAGUAAAUUAUUGCAGACAUGAGUGUAUAAUUAAAAAGGUCAAUGUGUUCAACUAGAGGAGAAGUUAAACUUUUUGAGAAAGGAGCUUAUUCAUUCGUAAUUAGAUGAGAAUAAUGUCCCGUCAUGUGAAGCAGCAUGCUAACUUAGCUUAGCAGGCUAACUUAGCUUAGCAUAAAGAAACGGGGGAACCGCGAGUCUGGCUCUGGUCAAAGCUUAAACUAAAAUCUUCUCUCCACACCUCCUGACCAGGUAAUAAUCCAGCCCUCUCGUAAAACGUAAAAAUACGUAUUUAACAAAUGAGAUAAAACAUGUUAUUUCGUGA